AUGGAUAAGAUCUCUGGUCUCGCGUCGAAGCUUGGUGGCGGCAGCAAGGCCUCCGGCUCGAGCUCAAGCUCGGGUAAUGAAGACUAUGUCGACAAGGCCCUUGGCCAGGCUGAGAGCAAGUUCAGCGGCGGCAAGGCCGACCCCGCGAAGAUGCGUGACACCAACGAGAAAAUCACCGACACUGCCCGUGAGCAGUUUGAGAAGGCUACCGGAAAGAAUGUUCCGGACAAGGUCUCGAACUAG